AUGACUGAGAAUGCAGAGGUCAAAGCUGAGAAUGCAAAGUUAAGGUGCGCUUUGGAAGAAAAUGAAGCUAGGUUCACGAGACUAGAAAAUCAUGAUGAAAAUGAAAGUAACACAAAAACUGUGAACAUUGUUUACGAUCAAGAAAAGAUUUCAUUGGAAGACUCUGUGCAAAAAAUGCCUGAAAGACUUAAUGAGAAUGUUUCCCAGAGAGAAUCAGAUUCAGGCUUAGUAACUGAAAUUAUACGAGACUUAUUACAAGGAUUUCUGGUGGAUGAUUUUCAGAGGGAAUUUAUUAAUACUGAAUUUAUUGAUAGAGAGCAUUCUAAUUCUUUACCUGUCACAGAAGAGCUUGUCCGUUUAUUUCAUCAAGCGAAUAAGGUCAUGAAGCUCAAAUCUGAGGAUAAAAAUCUUAAGGAUAAGACAGCAAAGUCACAGAUUUAUACUGAAAUGAAACCAUAUCUUACAAGCGUUUCUGAUGAAUAUUUGUGCAAGAUAACAAGCAAAGCAAGAAAAAUCAAUAAGCUAUUUGGAUAUGAUUAUUAUCCUAUAACUCUGAAAAAGAUUAAAGUGAACUUAACUGUCACCAAUAAAACCGUGAACAAUGUUUACGAUCAGAGUCAUGUGACUUCGGAAAUGAUCACUAGUGACACAACUGCUCCGAGCAUGGGUCGUAUAACUAGCGAAAAAAUCGUAAAUGCAUCUCAAACCAUACCAGCUGAA